AUGCCUAAUGAAAACACGGAAGUGUCGUUGAAGGGGGAGGUCAGAUUCAUAACACCCCUUCAAGGAGAAGGAGAGACGAUAGAUGCUGUUGAUGUUAUCUUAGAUUUCCAUCAUCGAGACAUCAGCAGACAUUCCACACAGGUUGCUGAAGACUUCCUGAUGUCCUACGCCCAAGACAAGCGUGGGGUCCCCCGGGGUAGCUGCGGCUGUGGACAAUGUGUCCUCUAUGUACCACAAACUGAGGGGCACGCAUGCGGCUAUUGUGGCUGUCUGCCAGUUAAGCAUGAAGACCUCGGGGAAACUGACACAGGGGGUCACAAGUCCGCCUCAAGGCUGGGGAUGGAACGCACUACAUCGACUGAGGCUGCAGCAGCUCACUGGCCACACAAAAACCCCAAUCUCACUUCCGAUAUCAUCGGGUUUGGGACCAAAGUACAUGAUGUACGGAAGCCCACCUUUAUAAGAAUACCUACGUGCGAGCUCCUCCAAUCAAAUCACAAGCCGUACUAUGAACUUCCCGACAAGCAACAAAUGAAAGGUGUGUAUAAAAUCGCCUACAGACAAAAGACAGUCUAUGUGGGAAAAUCACUAAACAUUCGUCGUCAGUUGAAGCGACACAUGUUUGGGGCCCAAGGUCAAGAGAUAGGCAGCUUUGUCCAAAAUCUCCCCGAAAGUGACAAGAAACAUUUGACAGUGUUCUGGCUCGACUCAGAGGUUCACAGGCACAACUGCAGGCGCAUGUCGUACCUCAAAUGUAUCACCAGGAUACAGGGUGAGAAACCCACGUGUUCCUAUCCUACAGGAUACACCGAUGUUGGAGGUGGAGGAGAGGCUGAAGAAGUACCUACUGGUGUCACGUGCACACCUGGAGGCAGAAGCACCUUCACUAUUGCAGACAGAAAGAGUCAAGAGGAGAAGGAGUUUUGGGGAGACGUUGCCUCGCACAAAAAGAGUGAAUCACCACCACCACACUACACUGGAAUAAGUGACGGAGGAGAGAAGAAAAUGAAGAGAAGUGCAUACCUGUCACACCCGCAGAACAGUUUCACUGGAGUAGGCCAGGAAAGGGCGAAGAAGUACAAGGACAGUGGCACCUUAAAGGAAGAAGUAAAAAUUGCAGAUAUAAACAAACUAAUAAAGAAGGAAGCAUGUUUUGAAUCAGACAGUGAAGAUUCUGUGUCAGAAGUUGGAGUACAAGAGAAGUACAUGGGGAUUGCUUCUCCUCCCCCAGCAUACAGAAGUCACACUGGAGUUGAUCAUGGGGGAAGAGGAGAGACACACAAGGGUAGUGCGUCGCCGCCACCUUUACACAGAAGUCACACUGGAGUUGAUCGUGGAGGAGGAGGAGGGAUGCACAAGGGUAGUGCGUCGCCGCCACCUUUACACAGAAGCUACACUGGAGUUGAUCGUGGAGGAGGAGGAGAGACGCACAAGGGUAGUGCGUCGCCGCCACCUUCACACAGAAGUCACACUGGAGUUGAUCGUGGAGGAGGAGAGACGCACAAGAGUAGUGCGUCGCUGCCACCUUCACACAGAAGUCACACUGGAGUCGAUCAUGGGGGAAGAGAAGAGAAGCACAAGAGUAGUGCAUCUCCGCCACAAGCACACAGAGGUCACACUGGAGUCGAUCAUGGGGGAAGAGAAGAGAAGCACAAGAGCAGUGCAUCUCCGCCACAAGCACACAGAGGUCACACUGGCCUUGAUCGUGGGGGAAGAGGAGAGACGCACAAGAGUAGUGCAUCUCCGCCACAAGCACACAGGAGUCACACUGGAGUCGAUCAUCGGGGAAGAGAAGAGAAGCACAAGGGUAUUGCAUCUCCGCCCCCAACACACAGAAGUCCUACUGGAGUUGAUUACGGAGGAGGAGGAGGAAGAGGAAGAGAGAAGCACAAGGGUAUUGCAUCUCCGCCCCAAACACACAGAAGUCCUACUGGAGUUGAUUACGGAGGAGGAGGAGGAAGAGGAAGAGAGAAGCACAAGGGUAUUGCAUCUCCGCCCCCAACACACAGAAGUCCUACUGGAGUUGAUUACGGAGGAGGAAGAGGAAGAGAGAAGCACAAGGGUUUUGCAUCUCCGCUCCCAACACACAGAAGUCCUACUGGAGUUGAUUACGGAGGAGGAAGAGGAAGAGAGAAGCACAAGGGUAUUGCAUCUCCGCCCCCAACACACAGAAGUCCUACUGGAGUUGAUUACGGAGGAGGAAGAGGAAGAGAGAAGCACAAGGGUAUUGCAUCUCCGCCCCCAACACACAGAAGUCCUACUGGAGUUGAUUACGGAGGAGGAGGAGGAAGAGGAAGAGAGAAGCACAAGGGUAUUGCAUCUCCGCCCCCAACACACAGCAAUCCUACUGGAGUUGAUUACGGAGGAGGAGGAAGAGGAAGAGAGAAGCACAAGGGUAUUGCAUCUCCGCCCCCAACACACAGAAGUCCUACUGGAGUUGAUUACGGAGGAGGAGGAGGAAGAGGAAGAGAGAAGCAAAAGGGUAUUGCAUCUCCGCCCCCAACACACAGAAGUCAAAGUGGAGUUGAUCAUGGGAGCGGAUGCGAGAAGUACAAGGGGGUUGCAUCACCGCCACCUUCACACACAAGCCACACUGGAGUCGACCAUGGAGGAAGAGAAGAGACGCACAAGCGUAUUGCAUCUCUGCCCCCAACACACAGAAGUCCUACUGGAGUUGAUUACGGAGGAGGAGGAAGAGGAAGAGAGAAGCACAAGGGGAGUGCAUCCCUGCCGCCAGCAAACAGCAGGCUUGCAGUAGUUGAUUAUGGACGACUGAAAAAUGAAAGUCUUGAAGAAAUAGAUAAACCAACGACAAGAAACGAUAAUAUAAAACAGGAAAAACAUUUUUCAGAUAUUCAUUCAACAUGUACUGACUUUGUCUCCAGCUCUUGUAUCAAAACAGAACCUUUGUUUGUAUUGCAUGACACGAACGUGUCUCACGUGAAUGAAGCAACCACAGUUAAACCAACAGAAGCAUAUUCUGAGAAGCAAAUACCAGCCCAGGUGGAAUCUCCUGUUGUAGAUUGGUUUAACCCAUCAGAAUUCCAAAGUGAAGAAAUUCAAUUUGUACCAUACAGGAAUGAGAAGCAGAAAAGAGAUAGCUUUAAGCUGAAAGAAGAAAUAACAACGAUGAAUAGUUUGUUUCAAGGCAGGGAGACAGUUGUGAAAGAAGCUGUCAGGAUUUCAUCACUGAAGGGACAAGGGAAGGUAACUGACAUUUUCAAAAAUAAUCGCAGGAACAAUUUUAUUCCCAAACGAAGGAACAGUACAGCAAAUCAGAAAGGACAUUUAAAGUCACACAGACAAGAUAUCUGCUCAGUCAGAACAUCUGAAAGACAAACCAACCAAGUUAAACCUACAAGUGUUCCAAAUGCACUUUCUCUAAAUCUGACGCCCAAACCAUUAAGAAGUACAACUAAAGACUUUUUGCCAAGUUCUAGGAGGAAAAGGGCGUCUGCAGAAACCACGGAUAUAUCUCGAAUACUGGACUUGGACAUAGAUAUACUAACCGGAAAACACUAUGAGAAGCAAAGGUCAGUUAGGGAGGAAUGGUCAGUGAGAAAAAGGAGUAAACUGCUGGUGUCUAGUGGAUCCCAACAUGCGCCCUACCUUCAGGAGACCACAGGAAGCAAAUCAUCCAAGGUAACUGUAGAAAAGAUUGAGACCAUGGAGUUAUCCAAAAAUACCAAGUACACAGACACUGCUCAAUCCUCAACUUCAGGUCCAGGGUAUGUUGAUGAAGCUGAAGCACCAACUAGACUAGAAAACCAAACCAGGCGUGCAUUGAUUGCUUAUAGGAGAAACACAACACAUACAUGUCGAUCAGUCGACAACUGUGCAAACAAACACUGAGGUCCGGCUGUUUUUUCUGAAUCAUAUAUCUCGGUGAAGCGAAGAGAUAAGCAAUAUGCGCGUUCUGAAGUGAAAUCGGAAUUGCGAGUAAACCCUUACUCGCGGGGAAGGUGUAAGAGCAGUGAUUCUAUUCUGACUAAUCAUGCAUUUGACAGAGGUGGAGACGGUGUUGCAAUGCGAUAUAGAACAGAUGUAGCAAACAGAGAUAAACUAUGUAAGUCCUCAACACCAAGAGAAUCAACGCCAAGAGGAUCCACACCAGGAACUUUACCAAGAAGUGUUGAAGAGGAACAGUAUUUCAACAGAAACACCAGUGAAUGGACGAAGAAGCAAAUAUCCUAAAGAUAACAUGGAAUUUGCACUGGGAUUUUUCAUUUUAUCUACUGCCUGUGUUUUAAUUGCAAACUACGAUGAUAACGAAAUGUUUCAUCUGUAAACUCUAGUUGUCCAGAUGGGGGUCACAUUAUGUGUGCAAACACAUGUAGCGUCUGCCCGGAGUGCGGCAGUUCGGUGGUUCGAUCUCAUAACAAAAGACUUUAAAGGGUGGUACUUAUCAAGCGGACAAAACAAAGACUGGUCGGCUCCGAGUCAUGUUAAAGUGUGGCAUGGUUUGAAACAAACAAGACAUGAGGGUGAUGUAUUUGACACGGGUAUCAUCGUAGUGUUUUGAACCUUAAGUUUGCAGUGUUUCGGCGACUGUUUUCACUUUUCAGUGAAUCUAAUGUUGAAGUGAAUACUUUCUUUGCUCUGCAGUUUACUUGAAAAAUAUAGUUUGCCGUAGGUUUUAAAGUUGACUGUUGUACAUGAUGUUUUGGAAAAAAACAAUGUGGUGUGAAAAAGGUAAUUGUUAAGCUUAACCUUUCAAAGUAAAAAUAUAUGUCUUGAAACAGUAGAAAAUAUUGCAUUUUUAUCAUAACUUCGAAUUCAUGAGAUUGAGUGACAUAGGCGCGGAUCGUGUUGGAAGGGAGAUAACUCCUCCCGGCUUCGAGAUCAGCGCCGCUCAUGGCAAUAUUUCAGCCAUAUGAUGGCGGCCAGUAAAUAAUCGAGUCUGGACCAGAAACUCAAGUGAUUGAUAUAGUGAGCAACCAUCCAUCCCGUCGGGGUACGGUGGCACGCAAAUCAGCCACAGAGUUUUAGCAUUAAGUCGUCUCUUGGACCAGCAUAGGUAAUAGAAUUCUAAUUCGGAAGGCAAUAAUAAGAGUAUUUGACGUUUGAUAAAAUGUCAGUAUGAUUGCUCCUGAUGACAAACGCAACACUUCACGACUGUGAGGGGCGGUCGGGUAGCCUAGUGGUUACAGCGUUCGCUCGUCACGCCUAAGACCCGGGUUCGAUUCCCGACAUGGGUACAUUGUG